AUGGAUUUGAAAGGACCUUUAUCACAGAUUUGGUUAGCUUCCAACUUCGAGAAGAAACUAUCCAAACAACAGUUCUUGAACACUGACUUGGUGGAGUCAUCUAAACUUCUAGAUAAUUCCAUUACCUUAAGAUUAUCAGGACAGUUACUUUUAGGUAUCGUGAAGAUUUAUUCCAGAAAGACCAAAUAUUUACUUGAUGACGUCCAGGACAUUCUUUAUAAGUUAAAGCAUUCAUUUAAGUUGGCUACUGGAACCACAUUGGAUUCCAAUGUCACGUCGAGGAAUAUCGUCAACGUUAACCAAGUCAUCUUACCUGAUAGGAUUACUGACCAUGAUUUAUUAUACCAGAAAGAUUUUGAGUUUGAGGACGACGGUAUCCCUGAUUUGUCGGUAGAAUUAGGGAGACGCGAUGACGAGGAAAUAGUGGACAACUUUGAAUUCAGUAAUUUCGAUAAUUUCGACGUGGACUUGGAUUUCGACCUUGAAGAUUCAAUUGAGAUCGGACGAGAUGCCGACAGACAUAUAGGUGAACAAAGUAUUUUAGAUUUGGGCCAUGAUAUCCCACCAUUGGAGUUAAAGGCUCCCACCACCAUACCCAGCGAAGUUACAGCACCAGUGGAAACAGUCACCGAAACAACACCAAGACAAAGGAUUAAGAAAACCGGACUCAUGGAAAAUGGAAUCAAAACCAAUAAGAGAAAACUCCAGAUCGAUACCGAACUCACUAUCCCCAUUGAAGACCUCAAAUCCCUUCAAAACCUUCAAUUACAGGCUAAUUGGAGAGACCAGUACAUCAACAUCAAGCUCUCCGAUAGAGAAAAAUGUGACUUAAUCAACGAAUUAUGUGGUAAGAGAAUGAAACUUGACCUCGACAAUACCUUAGUGGAAUUGAGCCAUCAAUUAUCCCAACGAGAAAAAGAACUCAAUCCUGAAGACCAAACUCAAGAUAUUGACCCCGGGUUUGAUUCCAUGGCUAUAGAUGAUAACGACUUUGCAUUUGAUGACUUAAAUUUUGACUUAUCCAUGCAUCACGAACCAGAAGUCAUUGAUCUCCAAAUUGAUGCCACUGAAUCCACCACUCAAAUUUCCAAUGUCAUCCAGAAAUCCCAAGAGCCGACUUUCAAAACAGUCAUGGAAGAUGACUUACAAAAUCCGGUACCUUUAGGAACUAUCACCACCAACACCGUCAGCAUGAAAAGACAGGCAUCUAAAUGUUUCUUUGAAUUACUUGUUCUCGCUACCAGUGACAAGAUCUCCUUGAAUCAACAACCACAAGAAACAGAAAUUGGAGGUGAUAUCGCCAUCACCGCUAAAGAGAAGCUUUUCUUCUAA